AUGGCGAUAAUGGAGAGGAAGCUGGGCUUACGGAGUGAUCACUUGUCUCUCACUCCCAAGAAAUACCGCGGAGAACCUGACGAUCCUCAUUUCAUUCCAGAUUCGCCUUUGAUCGAUAGGCAGACGCUCAGUGAACAAGAGGAGGGGGAGCUGAAACGAGUUUGCGCCUUGGUGCUGGCCCAUGUGCCACAUUCGGAUGAUGCCUCGGACGACCCUCUCAAAUACAUUGCGGCUCAUAUCCAGGAGGGCCGACCAGCACGUCAAAUACACUCCAAACCCGAACGAGCUUCGCAGUCAGCUCAUGUCCCUGGCACUACCUUCGCCAAUGUCAUUCAGAGAGGCACAGAUCUCAAAAUCGACACGGCGACCCCUUCUGAGGGCUCGCCCAGAUACACUUCAACCACAGACAACUUCACACCUCUGACGAGCGCUGGCUUAACACCUGGUGAGGCUGGCUCACGGCUUUCUGACACUGCGCGCAGAUCUGUGACGAGCACAAAAAAGCCGGGAAGCAGUCUCCGAAACGAGACACUGACAAGAACAAAAAGCCGGAAACCGUCCAACGCCGGCUUGCACAGGUCGCUCGAGGAGUGCGAGCGUCCACUUGACGCCACAUUCGUCGGGCGUACGCUCCGCCUUGUGCAGGACAGCCCAACAGGUCUAGGGAGCAGCAGCAACGAAUUCAUGGCAGGCACAUGGCAGUCUAGUCUAUCGGUUCCUGACUUGAACAAGAGUCUGCCUCCGCCUCCACCCGCCCCUCGGCCUGACUCGCGCGAUUCGGAUGAUUCCAAACAACCGCAUGUUAGCAGGUUGAUGAAGACGAUCCGCAAGAAGAAAAGUAUCACCGCCGAGAGCAGGAACGUAUCGUCUGGUUCGGCUCCACCUCUACCUUCAGCCGAGAAGGCAAAGGAAGCAGCAACUCUCCGACCUCGCAGCCGGACGGGCGCCACAACAGCAUCAGCCCAUGCACCUCCGCUGCCAGAGCCACCGAAGAGGAGGUUCCGUCUCCGUUUCUUUCCCCGACUACAUCGACCCGUGGACCUCGUUGUCAACUGA